AUGGCAAGGAAGGCUAUAGAAUUGGCUACAAUUCUAAUAGACCGCAAUGAAACAGCGAAUGAAUCACCUUUGACUAACGUUAACUUUGAGACGGACUUCGAGUCUUCAUUGAUAAUUUCUGACCUUCUCCUUAGUCGUAAAGUAAGAAAAUAUAUAUUAGAAGCUUACUAACUUAGAUUUUAUCACAAUCCACAGAUCAAUAUUCGGUGGUAACGUUCGGAUCAACAGGAAUUUCGACAGUUCGAGACUUCGGAACGGUAGACUUCAAAGCAUUGGAAGAGUUGAAGGAAAUCAAGCCUGGAGUGGAAUAUGACACAUCUUGUAGGUUCUUUUUUAUGUGUUUUUUGGUUUUUAGGUUUAAGAGAUGGAGGCAAAAGAAAGCUAAAAGGGUGUGUAAAUGGCAUGGAUAAUAUAAAUUUAGUUUUAUCUUCAUUCUGACGGUGUGUAGUGUUUUCUUUUUGUAGAAAAAAUAAUGAAGAUUUUUACAGUUUAUUUUGUAGCAAAAAAGAUUUAAGGUCUAAAAAAAUAAAAAGAAAGAUAGUGUUUUUCAAUACCUGGUGUUAAGUGUAAUAUAAAUUUAAGCAUAACUUUUGUUUCCUAUAUUAAAUACAAUUGAACUUUUGAAAUAGGAAUAAAAAAGGAACAUCCUGCUUAUGAUAAGGUUACCAAUUUAAAAUUUUGACAAAAAAUUAUGUAACAGUUUAAAUUUUGAUUUGAGUAUAUCUGUUUACAUUGUUGUUAUAUCGUGCUGAACUAGUGUUUAAUAGGAGCGUUUUAAGAGUAUUUUGUUGUAGUUAAAACCUUUUCAAUAAUUUUAACGUAUAUUUUGAAAAAAAAACUGAUUUUUUGAUAUUAAUCUUCAUAUCAAGCUAAUAUAUUUUUAGUUGUAACAGCUAUCCAGCAAGCGUUAACUGGAUUUGAUCAGUUCACCAGGGAUGCUCUAAAGAAAAAGAUUGCUGGAAGGACGAUUUUGCUGCUCAGUAACUUGAAAAGCGCAGAUGAAAAGGAUCUUACCAACAAAAAUUCCCUAAAGUUGGCUAGUAUGCUGUCCAAAGAGCAUGUAGACCUGAUUAUUGGGUAUGAUUUUAACAUUUUUAUGUUUUGAUUUUUAGAAAAGAGAGUGGAGAAUGUAUUUGAAUACAAAAGAUCAUGUUAAAGCUGCGGAAUCACAUUGAAAACAGCUAAAAUGAUAUUGUUUUAGGUCUCCAGAUAUUCUUUUGGAAGACAAGAGCUCUGCCGCGUUUCAAUUCAUUCAAACUUUGGCUAGCCAAGCGUCGGUUCAAUGGUUAUCAUUCUCCGAAUGUUAUACUAGGUUCGAGGACUUUAAUCCAAGACAAACUCAGCCAAGAGGUCAGCCGUUUGAGCUUGAACUAGGACCUGAGGUCAAGGUGAAGGUUCAGAUGUAUGUGAAGAACACGAAUCUGAAACAGCAGUGGAAAUAUGACAUUUGUGAUAGUAGGGGCAAACAGGUAGGUAUUUUUUACAAAUAUUUUUGUUUUGGCAUGGGUAGAGCUUUUAAAAAAGUAGGGCAGGGUAGAAAAAUUUUUUUGAUUUUUUUUAGUUCACAAAGCAUUUCCAUUUCAAAACCAACCCAGAUGUGAAGGUAUCAGCGGCUGAACUAGACAAUAUGCCAGACGAGAUGAUAAAAGAUGGCACUCUUAUCAAAUCAAUGCAAGGCCGAGUCAUUGAAAAGCGAAAUUUGAUCAAAGGCUACAGAUAUGGCAAGGAUUACAUACCGGUGACCGACCUUGACAGAGAAGACUUCGUACCUAAACCGGAGACAAAACAGCUCAAGCUGAUUCAGUUUUCACCAAAAGAAAAUGUAAGACAAUAUUUUUUAUAUUAAGCUGUGGUAUAAGGAAAAAUGAAGUUAAUCUUAAUGGUUUUUCUACUGAAAAUGGCUUCAUCUCUCCGUUUGACACGGUUUUUUUUUAUUUUUAGGUAACAUUUUGUGCCUAAAAUGAAAUCAACGUCUAUUUCAGAACAUUUUCUCACAAAAUAACAUUAAAAUGACAUUGUUUAAAGCCCGAAAAGUUUAAAAAAUAAAAAAAAUUGUUUUAGAUCCUACCUCAAUACCUAAUGAAAGAAGCUCGCUAUUUCCUGCCAUACCCAGAAACCGAAGCUAGCCAAAAGAUUUUAAUGGAAAUGGCAAACGAUUUGAUAGCGAAAAAAUUGGUUAUGUUGUGUAGAUACGCGUACAGUGCAGCCGCUCACCCAAAAGUCGCCUGUUUGUUACCUAAAAUCAGCAAAACUGGUGUUCCGGUGGGUUUUUUUGUUUCUUCAACUUAAGUUUAUAAUUUUAAGGACGGCCUUUAUGAUUUUUGAUAUUAAAAUGGCGUUUUGAGUAUCUGGAAAUGACUUAUUGUUUAAUUUUUUUUUGAUUUUUAGGUAUUUAUUCACUACAUCCUGCCCUUUGGCGAUGAAUGCCGGAAUUUUGAGUUUCCGCAACUGGAAGACAAUGUCGAACUUUUGUCAGGUAUUGUUUGUUGAUUUUGAAUAUGAAAAAUGCUCUUUUUGAUAAGAAAAAGGGGAAAAAUUGAAUUUUUUGGGGGAAAAUGGCAAAAUUUUGGGAUUUUUUCUAAUUUUUUGCGGGGUUUUUGAAUGUUUGUUGCUAUUUUUUAUGUUUAUGUUGACAAACUUGAUCUGAAACGUAAAGGAAAAUGCUUUACAGAUUACCAACAAGACGCCAUGGACGAUUUCGUGGACAACAUGAUGCUAAAAUCGACCGAUUUCAAGCUGAAAAUCCUACCAGAACCCAAGUUUAUGCACGAGUGCGAACUCCUAAAGCAUAAAGCCCUGAAUCCGAACGUGCCAUUGCCAGGAACGGUGGAUUUGAAAAAGUCGAUUCGUCAUCUAUCCCGACCAGAAGCUGAAACGGAACAAGUCGUGGAUUCCAUCAUGAACUUGGCUGAUGCUUUUCCACUUCAAAUUGAUCCGAAUACCAAAUCGACUCACUUUAUCGGCCGAACCUUGGGCCAACAACUGCCUAUGGAGAUCCUGGAGCAGGUGAAGAAACAAGAAUGA